CGCGCGGGAGCCGGGCGCUAGCAGCGCGCAGCCGCGAGGGAGGCGCGGGGGAGGCGAGCGGGAGCCCGAGCCCAAGCAGCAGCUAGUGUUGGCGGAGGGCACCCGGGCGCAGCUGGAGCAGCAGCCGCGAUGGCCGUGGCCGUGGGGAGACCAUCUAAUGAAGAGCUUCGAAACUUGUCUCUUUCUGGCCAUGUUGGAUUUGACAGUCUCCCCGACCAGCUGGUCAACAAGUCGACUUCUCAAGGAUUCUGUUUCAACAUCCUGUGUGUUGGCGAGACGGGCAUUGGGAAAUCCACGUUAAUGGACACUUUAUUCAACACCAAAUUUGAAAGUGACCCAGCUACUCACAAUGAACCAGGUGUCCGGUUAAAAGCCAGAAGUUAUGAGCUUCAGGAAAGCAAUGUACGGCUGAAGUUAACCAUCGUUGACACUGUGGGAUUUGGAGACCAGAUAAAUAAGGAUGACAGCUAUAAGCCGAUCGUGGAAUAUAUCGAUGCCCAGUUUGAGGCCUACUUGCAAGAGGAACUGAAGAUCAAACGUUCUCUCUUCAACUACCAUGACACCAGGAUCCACGCAUGCCUCUACUUCAUUGCCCCCACUGGACAUUCGCUGAAGUCCCUGGACCUGGUCACCAUGAAGAAGCUGGACAGUAAGGUGAACAUCAUUCCAAUAAUUGCAAAAGCUGACACCAUUGCCAAGAACGAAUUGCACAAAUUCAAGAGUAAGAUCAUGAGUGAACUAGUCAGCAAUGGAGUCCAGAUAUAUCAGUUCCCCACAGACGAAGAAACGGUGGCAGAAAUUAAUGCAACGAUGAGUGUCCACCUCCCUUUCGCAGUGGUCGGCAGCACCGAGGAGGUGAAGAUUGGCAACAAGAUGGCAAAGGCCAGGCAGUACCCCUGGGGUGUGGUGCAGGUUGAGAAUGAAAACCACUGUGAUUUCGUGAAACUUCGGGAGAUGCUGAUCCGUGUGAACAUGGAAGAUUUGCGAGAACAGACUCACACCCGCCAUUAUGAGCUGUAUCGGCGCUGUAAGCUCGAAGAGAUGGGGUUCAAGGACACCGACCCUGACAGCAAGCCCUUCAGUCUUCAGGAGACAUAUGAAGCAAAAAGGAAUGAAUUUCUGGGAGAACUUCAGAAGAAAGAAGAAGAAAUGAGACAGAUGUUUGUCAUGAGAGUGAAGGAGAAAGAAGCUGAACUUAAAGAGGCAGAGAAAGAGCUCCACGAGAAGUUCGACCUCCUAAAGCGGACACACCAAGAAGAGAAGAAGAAAGUGGAAGACAAGAAGAAGGAACUCGAGGAGGAGGUGAACAAUUUCCAGAAGAAGAAGGCGGCAGCUCAGUUGCUACAGUCCCAGGCCCAGCAGUCUGGGGCCCAGCAAACCAAGAAAGACAAGGAUAAGAAAAACUGACCGUCUGCCUCUUGAGAGAGAGAAGUGGGCAUCCUUCCUUUAAAUUCAGGAACCAUUGUUGUUUUAUUUGACUCUUUUUCUGUUACCUGCACCCCUCAUCUAAGUUUUCGGGGUUUGGGAUUCUGUUUUGGAAAAAAAAAAAAAUUUUCCUACUUAGCCAGUUCCGUUUUAUGUAUUGGUUAUUCAAACUUAGUUUUGGUAUCAAAAUUAUGCCAAUUUUAAGCUCAAGGGGAAAUUUAAAUGAAGUUUUAAGUCACAGAAUUCUGUUUAAGAUGCUCUCCUCAUCUCAGAUACAACAACAACAAAAUCCCUGUGCUGUCACUGGGAUUUUGACCUACAAGUCUUAAUCAUGUUUAAAAUGUGCCAGUGUUAGGUAGAUGACUUUUCUGCCUCUGGGACUCAAUUUAUAUUUAAAGGUACCUUAAAAUAACUUUCUGGCCCAUCCCUGCCUUUUUAUUUAUUGCGAAGCUCUUCUUUACCUUGCGUCCAGUUUUUGUGUGUCCUGGACCAUGGAAACAAACCCCCGACAAGUACAUAUCCUGUCCCAGACAACAGCAACAUUAACUUAACGUUGGUUCUGAUCAGGUGGCUUACUCCACUGUGUCUGCAAAAAAAAAAAAAAAUCUGGAAAUCACUUAAAAUACACCCACAUGCAAACACACACACUUCUGCCAGUUGAGUAUGAGUUCUAAUGCUGACUCGUUUGUGACAGGCUAUUUUAUUAGCAGCCGCCUCUUAGGUGCAGUUUUUGUAGUCAAGGUACAAUUUUCAAAUUCAUUUCUAUUUUAAGGCAUGAACACGCAUUUUAAGUUACCUUUUCAUUUCAUUACUUGUCAAUAGUCUGCUUAUUUCCAUCAUUUUUUAGCCCCAUAGUAAGUGGAUAUUGGUGGCGUGAAUUGCAUUUGGUAAAGAUCUUAAGAGUGUUCCCUUGUAUUUAAGAAUGGUAACAUAUGCUUCUGUUGAAAGGUGAAAUGAUGAAGCAACAGUCCCUGCUUCUUGAAUCAUUUGAUUCUUGGAAGAGGUUAUUUAGACCAAUUGGAGGAGCUUGCUGGCAAGGGGCCUUCUUUACUUAGAAAGACACUAUUAUUAAAUGCAAUAAAAUCAGGUUCAUCUGAGCCAUUAAAUGAUUAAAAUAUAAGAGUCAAGAGCCAUCCCCUCCACACUACAGUGUAAUCUGUAAGGACGGAAGUUUGCUAAUGAUGUGACCGCUGGUUUGCGGGUGGAUGGUGGGUAUCAACUCCUUAACUGAUGCUACAGCGUGACAUACUGUCAGUUUUGUAAGUUAAACACAAACAUCCUAUUGUGUGAAACCACUGUGAUUACUAAGUACAACAAGUGGAUUUAUUUUUAAACUCCUUUUAAUAUUUUAAUAUCAACUUUACCCUAUCACUCAUAUUUUAAAAGUAAAUUCUGCAUCAGAUUGUAAAGACAUUUUUGGGGCAAUAUUUAAAAAGCAAAUUAGGCAGUAUUUUUUUUGUUUGUUUAAGUAGAGGAAUGUGUAAUCUGUUAUUCCCUUUUUAAUCUUCAUGUUGGAGGAAGUGUAAUGGUAAUCAUCUAUGGGAGGGGCGAGGGAACUGGCUAUUACACGCAGGUCGGCCUCUGUUCAGUUAUCUAGGGAAAGUGGAUAACAGACACCACUGGUCAAGUACACAGUUAUCCUCCAUUGAUUUGGCAUUUUACUUAAGGUGGUUCCUUUUCUCAAAUGUUGAUAAAACUGGUAGGUUCUCGAGUUCUCUUGGCUGACCAACUAAGAGAUACGAAUAAUAAAAACUACUCGUUUAUCUCAAGCUAGAUUGUUGGAAAGCAGGGAGAACUGAGCCAUCUGAACCUAUUUCCAUUGGUGAUAGGCUUUUUAUUUUUCAUACAGUCUUUAAAACAAAAACCUUACUCGGCUUCAGAUACAGACUCGUCCUUAUUGCUGAAAAGUGAGUGUAGUCUAGAUGGUCUACUUGAGAUAGGCACAGCACACGUAUAAAGGAGAGACCUGAUCUGAAUUAGUAUGUGCUGAGCUGGGUCAGAUAAAAUUAGGUCAUCUUCGCAAUAGGCUUGACCAUACUUUUCCCCAUCGACUGUACCUAAACGUCCUUCUUAGUUAUUUUGGCUAUUUUUCUGCCUAUCAUUGUCCCAGCUUAUGGGUAAAAGUUCUGGAUAUCUGAAAAACUAAGUACAUAAUUUUCACUGUAUUUAAAUGACAUUUCUAUGCAAACAAAACCUUUUGCUUUGCAGAUGACUGUCAUCUUUCCACCCUGGAGACUGACAUUGUUGGCAAUGUGGCUCAUUUUGAAGAUCCUUGUACUUGAAUCCUUAAGACCAUGGUAUUUAGUCCUUGAGACUGAUACCAUCUGGCUUUCAGAUCAAUCUCUAGCAAACAACUGGCACCCUCAGGGCUGGUGUAGAGGUUGAAUGUGUUAAUCUAAAAAGACUAAUUGCGAGCCUCGGUAUCUGCUCACCUCGCUUUCCAACCUUCCUAUUCUGACAGGUAGCUGUUUACAAAUGAGAUCUUUUGGUUGUUAGUGGAACAUCGUGGGAGGUACAGAUGAAGACUUCACAUCUGCCUCAAAUCAGUUAUUUGCAUGCUGUGAGUUGAAUGGCAUUUCAGUCCACUAUGGAAACUUCCUUUCAAAAUCAUGGCACCUAGAUCAGAGGAGGCAGAGGCUAUUAUCACAAGGUUGGUCCCUGUCAAAAGGAAAACUUGUGUAUGGUGGGGAGGGUGCAGAAUAACAUUCCACGAAGAACUCUGCUUAACCAUGCCUUCUCUGCACGGUGCGUUGAGAAUACUGAAGAGUUGCAGUUCUAGCUCUCCUUGCCCUUUAUUUAUAUCCAUCCAUCUUUCCCACACCACCCCCCCAAAUACUUUUAUUCUAUAUACUGCACCAGGCCUACAUUAGGUACUGUGGAUGUAGCCACACACUAUGAAUUGCAUGUCUCUCUGCAUACCUCAAACACGGCAAAUUCUGGGGGUAAACAGAAAAGGUAAGCCCUUUCUAUGCUAAAUUGUGAGAGAUAGUAUUCUGAAAAGCAAAACCCACCUCCACCCCCAAUUGCUUUUCAGUGGUUUCUUUCUUAAGGUUGCCCUUCUUUCUGGAGUGUUCUCUUGCUAACAAAAUAAGCUGUUUCUGAGCAUGAGAAACCAGUUUACUGGGCCUAUGCUUUUCUACACUGCCCUACUGUUGUGUAACACAAUAAGGUCAACAGUUUUGGCAUUUGAUCUGCUAUGAAGGUUGUACUUAAAGAGUCAAGAGAAAUGGAGAGGUUCAGCCUCCUGGAAACUUCAACACUAGUGUUUUGUGCUCUCUUCAGAUUUCUCUGAUAAGACGUUCUUGGUUACCUCUCAUGACACCUUUUCAAUAAUCAAGAGAUGGCACAGGGAGAGUUAUGUCUGUGUGCUACACAUGGGUCUUACAUCAUAAAAACCACUGCAGAUGGUCCCUGACUUAAGAUGGUUGGACUUACAAUUUUUUGGUUUUAUGAUAGUGUGAAAGUGAUAUGCAUUGAGUAGAAACCAUAUUUCUGAAUUUGGAUCUUUUCCUGGGCUAGCAAUAUGCAGUUUGGAUGCUCAUUUUGCUGGGCAGUGGCAGCGAGCUGCAGCUCCCAGUCAGCCAAUGCAAUCACAAGCGUAAACAACGGAUACACUUAGAAGCAUUGUUUUUCUAUUCAGUAUUCACUAAAUUCCAUAGAAUAUUCAAUACUUUAUUAUAGAACAGACUGUGUUAAAUGAUUUUGCCCAACUGUAAGGUUACUGUAAGUGUUCUGAGCACAUUUGAGGUAGACUAGGCUAAGCUAUGAUGUUCAGUAGGUUAGAUGCAUUAAAUGCAUUUUCGACUUAAGGAUAUUUUCAACUUACGAUGAGUUUAUCGGGAUGUAACCGCACUGUAAAUAAAGGAAGGUCUGUAAACUCAUCAGUAUGGUGAGGGAAAGCUUUCAUUUUAACUCCUUAAUGCAAGCUGUGCUACAAAGCCUGUACUUCCAUCUUUUCUGUCCUACUGAUUGGUCAAAUCCAGUUCAAAAUGAAAGCAGCAAGCUUUUGGGAGUUGGCUAUUUUCAAGUAUUCUCAAUCACAUUUCGAAGUUAUCUUGCAGGACCGAACAAUGAACAAGUAUUAGGAUUUUUAAUUUGUAAAACUUUUUUUUUUUUUUUUGGUACGAGACAUGCUUAGCCACCAUCUGUCCCAAACCACGGCAGAUAUAGCUAAUUUCCCUCAGUCCCACAUGCACAGGCCUCCUAUGGCUUACGUGAUGUGAACCUGUAACUGCAAAUGAUGCUGAUGCAUUGCUUAGCAACAAGAGGUGAGCGCUCAACUGCUCAUUCCCACACAGUAAGCCCAGUUUCUCCCUGAAACUUAAAAAGAUGUUCUAUUUUUCUAAAAGCACCAUCUAGUGGCCAAAGCUCAAAACAUUAUAAAUGAGCAUAGGAGACAUUCUCCUGUUAACACAGUUUAAAGACUAGUUUCAACAAUUUUGGAGGCUUUAGAAAUAACAGUUACAUGUUAGACAAAACAUCGUAUCUCAGAGCUUUAUCCUUUAUAUUUGGUAAGUCAGAAAUUGAACCUUGUUAAAAAUUCUUGGCUAUGUGGACAAUUCUCUAAUCUUCAACCUGCUAUGUCCCAGGAGGCUUGUGAAGAAAGACAUCUGGCACAGUAUCUUCCCUUUCCAGUUGAAAAUGUACAAACUACCUUAAGGAUGAAGAUAACAAGGCUCCCCGUUAUGCUUGCUGAGCAUCAGUGGCUUUAACCACAUUGUGCUGUUUCGGGCAGUGAUGCUCAAGGACAACUUACUUUCUUGUUUCAGGAACUCCAAAGGAGUGAAUUAGAAAUCCUGAAAAUCCAGGUAUGUAAAGAGAAUAGACAGGACAUACAUACGUGUUGGUUCUAACAACAUAGGAGAAAAGAAAGAAUACUUCUUCGGGGGCAGACGCCAAUGUCUUAACUGCCUCAAUGGCAGGACUGUAGGCUCCGAUUCUCAUCAGCUUGGCCAAGUGAGGAGCUACGCUAUAGCUUCUUUCAGAGCCGAAGGCAUGGUGUCAGGAACAUUUCUGGCAAAUCAGUUGUAUCAGUCUUUUUAACUGGCAUUCGAGAGCACUCUCCUUUCCCAGCCCUCCCCUCCACACUAAUGUAACACAUCACUGCAGAAAACUCAGUUCUCCACAGGUAACGAACUUCAACCCUGGAAGACAAGUAAUUAUUCGGCUACUCCUAGUAAGAGCUUCAAGAGCUAGAGCAUGCACUUUCACUUCUGUUGAAUGGAGGAUUAGAGAAUAACUAAUUUCUCCCAUCAUGUUUAUUCCCUUGCCUUUGCAGAGCCUUUGUGGAAUAACAGGUUUUCUCACCACCAGGAGGCACCAGGCAAUCGUGAUCCAUAAAGCUCAAGUUUCCAAAUCUUGGAAGAGAGUAAUUGUGGUGUGAUGCCAAGAUUUAAGACAGGUAUCUUGGGACAGGCUAAUGAGCAUAGUUUCUGAUAAAACAGGAUCUAAUUUAACAGUAGGAACAUUCUUAAUGAAAAGUUCCACACUGUUCAAGAAUGUUCUGCGUUUUUCUGUCUCAGUCCGUGAGUUCAGGCCCCAGAGAGCCAAAGUUCUCCAAGAGCUCAUGGUAGCUCAGGUCUCUGGGACAGUGGCAGGGAGAUGUAACUGAAAGGGUGCUCAGGAGGGGCUGGUCUCCAAAGUACUAUCAAUCAUUUAACUGAUCUAUGGGUUAAAUAAGCUUUGAGGCAUGAGACCUAGCAGCAGCCCAACCAUUCCAAUUCAGUUUCCCAUGAAAAUACUUUUUUCCAAACGGACUUACCAUCCAUUUUUGAUUAGAAAGCCUCAAGAUCAAGAAAUUAAAAUAUUAGUUCUAACUUCUGUACCAUCUGUAUGUAGCAACUGGACCACAAAUGAAAUAUUCUGAUUCUAGACUCAACUUUAUCCCUAGCUUUCUACAUAACAAAAAUGUUCCUCAUUUGUUAAGUGACAGGGGGUGGGGGGUUACGUAGCAUUUAUUUUAAUGAUGAACAUUUGUAGUGUGGACUUCCUGGAGCUCCCACAAUUCAGGAGAACUAAGAAACAGAACCAGAUGAAGAUUAGGAUAAGUGGGAUUUUUUUUUUUUUAUGUGUAUCUGCAAAGCCAGCCUCAUGCUGUCUUUACCCCAAAAAUAGUUCAUUCUUCUAUAUUCCUUCUCACUCCCUGUACUUAUUUACACGUAAGUUUCCCCCCUUGAUUGGACUACAGCAGGUAGCCAGCCCUACCAUAAAAGAAUUUAAAAGUCAAAUGCUGACCGGAGAAUACUCUUGCUCUGCUAAACCAGAACAAAAUCGGUGGCUUAAAAGUGACAGGUUAUCUAGAUAUGGGUCACAGUUCCUUAAGCUAAGAAUUUACUGUUUGGAAGGUCACAGUCCACAUGUCAAAACCUAAACUCAGUCACAUUUAAAUCCCCGCCUUUCUUCAUGUUUUAUUUUCUGCAAGCAUAUUAGGAUUUUUAUCAUCUUCCGUCGUUGAAACAGCAGUGCCUAACUAAUCAAGAACUUGCACUUCUUCACAAGCAGGAAAAAAAGAGAUAAAAAGGUUAAGGACAACUUUUAUUGCUACCAAUCAGUACAUGGUUCUGACUGCAGUACCUUCUUCAGGCUGCACAGGGAGCUCAGGACCCAGAAGUCAUGAAGAGAAUACAGGUAGGCUGGGGAGGCAGGGGGAUUAACUUUUAUCAAGUAAAUCCUAAUAGCUUAACAUAAAACUAGGGUACUGAAUUCAGUUAUUACAUGUUACAGACCCAAAUCAUAGAGCUGCCCCAACAUCUAGACAGUCUCUCCUACUGAUUAUAAAUGAGUGAACUGAACAGUUUUUUUAAAAUCUAAUUUUA